UAGCGACUUUCUUCAGCCUUCCCUGCAACUUCACAAUAAUCCCUCUGUUGAUUUUCGCUUCUUGUAUCUACAAACAAGCCAAAAACAAUGUCUCUACACGAUCAAUACGACGCCGCGAACGAAGACGGAGAAGAACUAGAUGAUGUUGAGCUCUCCGGCAGUGAAAACGGCGACGGUUUUGACGAGGACAUGAAAGCCCUAAAGAAAGCCUGUCUGCGCACCGGAACCGACCUUAACAGUCUCGAAUUCGUCCCUUCCGACAACGACCGACCUUCCACUUCAGAUGCCGCCGCCUUGGCUGCGUCCACGGACUCGGGGAGCGACGAUGAUAUGGAGAUUUUCCGGAGUGUACGGGAUCGUUUAGCGGUUUCCCUGGACGUUUGUGAUCCUCUUUCUAUGGAGCCUCUCUGCAUUCUUCCUCCGGUUUCUGCUGACGAGGAUGCUGAAGAUGAUUUGGAGACUCUUCGCGUUAUCCAGAAGCGGUUUUUGGCUUAUUCUACUGAUGCCACCUGGAAAAACAGCAGAGAGGAUGACAUGGAGAAAAGAGAGCCCACUUAUAUGACUAGCACACCCUUAGAGGAAGCGACAGGCAAUGAUAUUUGUGAAAGAUUUCAAGAGCAUGAGCAGUCUGGCAAUAUUUCUCAUGUUUCAAUUGACAAUACGGAGAUGCAGUCUGUAGGUUUAAUUCAGUGGGACCAGUCUGAUGUCCAUGAGUUAUCAACAUAUAAGUCCUCAAGGUUCCCAAAGUCUGCACAGCUUCUGUUUGAUGCUAUUAAAAAGAACAGGUCUUAUCAGAAGCUUCUUCGAAGUAAGUUGACUCAGAUUGAAGUUAAAAUUGAGGAGAACAAGAAAUUGAAGGAACGUGUUAAAAUUCUUAGAGAUUUUCAGGUUUCUUGCAAAAAAAUAACAGGCCGAGCAUUAUCAGCUAAGAAGGAUCCUCGUAUACAGUUAAUUUCAGCAAGAAAGUCAAGAACUUCUAAGGAUCCGGAGGUUAAUGAUAAAAAGGUCACUUCUGAUUAUGGUCCACCAGAUAACUCUAGAGUAGCUAGUUACCAAAUGACUUUAAUAGAAUUUCCACUUAGACAUCAGCGGAAAAAAUGGUCCAGAGAAGAAAGAGAAAAUCUUGAAAAGGGAAUAAGGCAACAAUUUCAAGAGAGGGCACUUCAAGUUUCAGUGGAUUGGUUGAGUUGUUCAGAUUGGUCACCUCAAGAUGGAAAUAAUUUGGAUAGCAUCAUUGCAACAGUUAAAGAUCUUGAAAUCACCCCAGAGAGGAUUAGGGAAUUUCUUCCUGAAGUGGAUUGGGAUCAGUUAGCUUCCCUUUAUGUUAAGGGUCGUUCUGGAGCAGAAUGUGAAACACGCUGGCUGAAUCAUGAAGAUCCCCUCAUCAAUCACAAUCCAUGGACUGCUGAAGAAGAUAAGAAUCUUUUGUUUAUUGCUCAAGAAAAGGGGAUUGAUAAUUGGCUUGAUAUUGCUGUAUUAUUGGGGUCGAACAGAACCCCAUUUCAAUGUCUGACACGGUACCAGAGGAGUUUGAAUGCGUCCAUACUGAAAAGGGAAUGGACUGAGGAGGAGGAUGAUCAACUUCGCAUUGCUGUUGAGGGUUUCGGUGAAUGUGAUUGGCAAUCUGUGGCUUCUACUUUGAAAGGACGGACUGGCACUCAAUGCUCUAAUAGAUGGAAAAAGUCACUUCAUCCAACCAGGCAAAGAGUUGGGAGAUGGACACGUGAGGAAGACAAACGCUUAAAAGUGGCUGUGAUGCUUUUUGGCCCCAAAAAUUGGAGAAAAAUAGCUGAAGUCGUUCCUGGUCGAACUCAAGUGCAGUGUAGAGAAAGGUGGGUCAAUUCUCUAGAUCCAGCUUUGAAUGUAGGCACAUGGACUGAAGAAGAAGACUCAAGACUGGAGGCUGCCAUCGAAGAACAAGGAUAUUGCUGGUCAAAGAUUGCCACAUGUAUGUCUUCACGAACCGAUAACCAGUGUUGGAGGAGGUGGAAAACGUUGCAUCCUGAAGAUGUGCCUUUGCUUCGAGAAGCUAGAAAAGUACGUAAAGCUGCUCUUAUAUCUAAUUUUGUAGAUCGGGAAUCUGAGCGACCUGCCCUUGGCCCCAAUGAUUUUAAUAUUCAAUUACCAAUUAUAACUGCAACUUCUGAGUCGGAAGAUAGAAAUCGGCCAAUUAAAAGGAAACGAAGGAAAAAUGACCAAGCUGCCUCAUUACCAAUGAUAGCUUCAACUCCUGAGCCUGAAAAUAAAAAUCUGCUAAGUAAAGGAAAAAGGAAACAAAGAGGUAGCAGGCCGGACUCUGACAAGGAAAAUGCUGCAGCAAUAAGGCUUCCCCCAAAAAAGAGGAGCCACAAGAGUUGUAGAAAAGGAGCUGAAGGUGGUCUUGUUGAAGUUCCGGGGAUAAUCGAUGAAAAUGAGGUUGAGGCUGCUGGUGGACAUGAUUCCGUUAGGAAGAUUAGAAGGAGCGCACCUGUGGAGAAUAAUAAUUGUACUGAACCAGCACAAGAUGUUACCUAUCAAAAGAAAAGAAAGAGAGAACCGCCUUCAGGAAAUAAUAAUAAUACUGAACCAGCGCAUGUUGCUAUUCAGGAGAAAAUAAGACAACCACCUUCAGGACAUACUAAUUACAGUGAGCAAGUGCAGGAUGAUGCUGUUCAGACGGAGAAAAGAAAACAACAGCCAGAGAGUAGUAAAUGCAUUGAAUCAGUGCAGGAUAAUUCCUCAUCUCACCCGCUUUCAACAUUGUGUAGGACCACCAAUCAUCAGGUUGAAUCAUUCAGUAGGUGUCUUACUAUAAAGAGGAGAAAGAAUCGCAGAGGGGCACCUAAACAGUGUUCCGAGAGGAGUGUAAACGAAUUACAUGAAGAACAGUAUUAUAUAUGUUCAGAGAAUUCUGUGUUUUCAGGAGCUGACGACGGUGCUGAAGUGGUGCAGAGCAGUAGUGUAGACUUGGAAAAUCUUGGUGUGGAGUAUGCUUAUAGGAAGAGAAGUUCUUCCAAUCCAAGAUCCAAGAGGAAAACAAGCAUGGCUUUACCAACCACUCAAAGUUCAAGGAUUGUUGAAGCCAAGGAUUCGGCAAAGAAAAAUAAGAAAGAGAGGAGAACUCGGCAGCAGCACAGCAAGAGCAGAAAGAGCAACAAGCAAUCUGGAGAUGAAGGUGGCAGAACAGACGAAGAUCAUCAGACGCUUGCUUGCUUUCUUCGCAAUAAAUCGAAGAAGAGAAGGCAUGAAACUGUUGAAAAUGCUCAGUUGUCAACUUUGGAAGAAGGCAGCAAGGUCGAUGAUGUGCUGAGGGAAGCAGACAAGCUGAUUGAGGAAGACGUGACCCUUGCAUGUUGGCGGAAGCAGUUAAAGAAGAGGAGGGUAACCGUGGCACAAAGCGGCGACAUGUUCAAAUAAAAGGUUGGAAAAUAACUACACAUCAAUUGAUUCACGUUAAAAAACCCUAGCAUUCUUUUAUCAAAAUCAUUUUGGACGAGACGAUAAAAAAGGACUUUUAGCUGCGUGUAGAUGAAAUGAUUGAUUCCGCCCACCUGGGACCUAGCUUCGAAAAUUUCAUUUUCAAUGAUCUUUUUAGGUGGAUGUUGGAGAGUAAAUAGAUCGGAAUAAUACCCUACUUAUGAUCCCUUUUUGUAGUUUAUUUAAUGCCAUUUUUGUAGUUAUAUAUAUAUUGUUUCUUUGGUGGGGCAUUGGCCCGGAGAGAAAUUUUGUAAACCCCUAAAGUGGGGUGAGAGUUUGAAGUGACUGAU